GCGCCUUGACACAAUGCACAGUGGCCGUGAACGUGUCUUCCCCCAUUACCCUGCAGAAUGUGGAGGUCACGAAAUAACGGUAAAACGGGGUCGAACUCAAUUCCUUUAGGAAGACGCCGGUUAGACAGUGAACCGCGUGAAACACUUCCACUCUCUAAUGGAGAGCUGAAGCGUUCCCCUUCGCCUCCGUAUGCUUACAAAUCUUCGCCUCAGUUUGACAAUUCUGGUAAUGUCGAACGUGGCCGCCGGAGAUUUAGAAUUCAUUACUGGGACGGACCAACGCCCAUUGAGGACCGGUCUCCUCAAUUGCUGGACACAAACUUUGCCAUAACUGCUUGUAUGACGAGUGAGCAGCUGGCGUUGUAUUCUAUGAACAUCCGUCUUGAAGAAGUUUCUCAAAAACUUCGAAUCGGUGCUGUUGUGCCCAACAGAGCUGAACGUUCGCCAUCUCCUCCACCUCAAUACGACAAUUUUGGACGUCGUUUAAAUACGCGUGAGAUUCGUCAUAAGAAAAAGCUUGAGGAUGAGCGUCAUAAAAUUAUUAAGAAGGCCAUGAAAUUGGUCCCUGGUUUCCGGGCUCCUAGUGAUUACCGGAGACCUACAAAAACACAGGAAAAGGUCUACGUACCUGUCAAAGACUACCCAGAGAUUAAUUUCAUUGGUUUGUUAAUUGGUCCGCGUGGUCAUACCUUGAAAGAUAUGGAAGCAAAGUCCGGUGCAAAAAUUGCCAUUCGUGGCAAAGGCAGUGUGAAAGAAGGAAAGGGCCGGAGUGAUCCUUCUGCUCGGGGAAACAUGGAAGAAGAUCUGCAUUGUUUGGUAAUGGCUGAUUCGGAAGAGAAGGUCAACCAUGCGAUUAAACUUAUCGAAGAAAUUAUUCAAACUGCAGCUUCGGUCCCUGAAGGACAAAAUGACUUGAAGCGUAGUCAGCUUCGCCAACUUGCAACCUUGAAUGGUACCCUUCGUGACGAUGAAAAUCAAGUUUGCCAAAAUUGCGGUAACGUUGGUCACCGAAAGUACGACUGUCCUGAACGGUCUAACUACACUGCCAAUAUCAUCUGCCGUUAUUGUAAUAAUGCCGGACAUAUCGCUCGUGAUUGUCCUGUUCGUAAUGGCAAAGCACCUGCUUCCAACGCUGUCACAGAUCAGGAGUAUCAAAACCUUAUGCAAGAGCUUAACGAGGGUAGCAGAUCUACUACUGCUCCACCUGAGGCAAUUGAAUACCGCAAAUCUGAAAGGGAGUCUGUUCCACCUCCAUGGAUUAAUGCAUCCGCGACUCCUGCCAGUGCUUCUACUACUAGUGCUCCUUGGAAUAAGCCCCCUCCGGCCGCGCCUGCUGCUCCCGCUGCGGCCAGCAAUCCUCCUUGGCAAGCCAACACUUUCCCCGGUGCACCUGCCGCACAGGAAGUACCCUCGUUCAAUGCUCCCUCUUCAGCUGCAGCACCUCCUUGGCAGGCACCUGUGCCAGGUACAACUCUUCCACCCCAACCCGUUCCUUUCUUCCCCCCUGCACAAGCACCCCCUCCACCGGGUGCUGUUUACGCUGCCGUACCACCUCCAUUUACUGUUCCGAAUUUCGCUCAACCUGGCAUGCCUGGUGCAGUCGGUGUUCCAAGCGCACCUGGUGCGAUGAUUCCUCCCCCUCCAGGAUUAGCAACAGCAGCACCGGGCGUUGCUCUUCCUCCAGGUGUUCCCCCCCCUCCCGGUACGACAACGAACCCCGGUUACAAUUCCGCUCCUUGAUUUCCUUGAUUACUUGUUAUAUUAUAAAUGUUUAAAAUGUGUGUUUGUUUGUCGUAAUGAAAACGGCUUUCCCUUUUGUUAAGUUUCCUUUUUUGAGUUCAAUGCCCUUUUCCUUUUUGAUCCACUUAGUGACUUCUCCCAUAUUGACAUGACAAUUUCCACUUUAAAACCAUCUGCCAAGAGCGCCUUGUACAUGUUGUAUGCGAGUUUUGCAGUAUCUCUGUCUGGGACGAGACUCGAUGGCUUUCUUCCGGUCUUUAUUUUGUAGAGGAAAUGAUGAUAAUAAACAAAAUUGCAGCAAUGUGACAAAGGGGAGAAUGAUUGCAGAUCCUCACGCGUGUCAUUUGCGCUAAAGAAUAACAUGCUCAGUGAGUAGGUGCUUGCCAUGAAUCGUGAGACAACGCUGAUGCCUGCUUUGGAUGGAGAAACCUUGUCGUCCAGAAGGAUGUUUUUCUUGCUUAAGCAAACAGAGAACAUUAACAAAAGACUAACGAGAGAGAUAUUGGUAAUGCCGUUCAUGCACCGGAUGGCACUUAGUAUAAAGCGUUGUGCAAAAGGCCAGCCUGCGAACUUAUUAGCUAAGUAGGGCCAUCCGUCUGAGUAUUCAAAAUCAAUAUCUACAUCGUUGCUGUGUAAUUCUUGGUAAGAGCGGUAAAAUUCUCUUAAUUGUCUUGAUUGCAGACGACCUUGAGCUCGAAAGUUUGCAUAAGCCUGUAUACGUAAGGCAGCGCCUUCGAUCCAGCUGCACCUUGCUGAGGGCAAUUCUUUCUGUUGCGGAAGCCAUACACAUGGAACAUCAGUGGAACAGUGAAAAGCCUCUUGAAUUCUCCCCCAAGUUAGUGAAUCCCCAGUGUCUGUUAAUUCGGGAUCUUCGAGACUGUAAUAUUUGACUACUCGCUCAACCUCGGUUUUGGGAAUCAUUGACUCCAAUGUGCCAUCUUUCAACGCUUUCUCGACAUCGCUGCAGAUCUUAGUGAAGCUGGAAUGCUGGUCUAUUUCCAUUUCAGGAUGGCCUUCUACACCCAUUGCCGCCGCUAAGAGGUGAAGAGGAAACGAGAUGUGUUUCUGAAUAUCUUUGUAGCGGUAAACGGUUGCGACAAAUCCGGUUUUUGUUAAGCUUAUUGUCUGAAAAGGAAUGUAACCACCGCUCUCGUUUUCCAAAUUGAAAACAAGCAAAUCAGAGUCCUGACUGAAAAUGAAUGCGUCUAAUUUAUGAGCUCUGACCGCACAAAACUUGUCUGCCUCUUGAUUGCAGACGAUAACAUUGCCAGACAACUCAUUCUUUAAUAUGUGUUGAGCGAUAGGAACACAGAAGUGUGGCAGCAUCUUGGUAUCGAUGUUGGUCGCUUGCUUGUAACGAUGUUCCCGAACCUCGUUUUUGGAAUAUGGAAGACCUCCGUCAAAAAUAUAUUCUCUGUAUUUCGUUAGUUGUUGAAUAAAUUACGUUCCAGCUUGCGUACAUAUGUUUAAAUCCUGUUGUUUGCAGC